ACGUUCAAAUUCAAUCUUAGUUGGAUCUUCCCCCAGUGCAGAGUGUCAGAGUUGUUUGUACUUUCUUGUUUUUGCUACUCCACUCUGCAUAUUCAGAGGAAUUUUUGGUCCAAAACCUCAUUCUUUUUUUCACUAACAAACAAUUUCCCCACAUUUUGUUCAUAAUUACACUACUAAUAUUCUCGUUUUAAAAUAUCAACUUGGCCAAAUCAAUUUCAUUACAUUAAACACAACAACCCCUUGCAUUCUCCAACUCUAUUACAUAAACCACCUCUGGGUUUUAGCCUUUUAGCUGUCUUUUAGUCUUCAAGAUUAUUACAAGUAUUGUCCAAGAUUUAUUUUCUUGUUUUCUCUUUUGUCUUGGCACAGCCAUCUUUAAAGAAUUUUUUGGGACAGGACUAUUUUCAAGAUUUGGUGUGUUUUUAGGACAUGGGUGUGCAUUCAUGUCCAAGAAGCAAUCAUGAGAUGAUGAUUGGUGCUGUGUUUUUAUGGGCUUUUUGGGUGGCUAGUGUUGUGAAUGGCAUUGGAGCUAAUUGGGGAACACAAGCCACACAUCCACUAGAGUUAUCAACUACUGUGAAGCUUCUUAAGGACAAUGGGUUCCAGAAAGUGAAGCUGUUUGAUGCAGAUUCUGUCACUUUGAGUGCUCUUAAAGGCUCUGGAUUGGAAGUCAUGGUUGGGAUUCCUAAUGAAAUGCUUUAUUCUUUGGCUAAUAGUGUCUCUGCUGCUGAAAAUUGGGUUGCCAAGAAUGUCUCCACUCAUAUCUCCUCCAACAGUGUCAACAUUAGGUAUGUUGCAGUUGGAAAUGAACCAUUCCUUGCUGCAUUCAACGGAACGUUUCUUGAUACAACUUUACCUGCCCUCCAAAAUAUUCAGGCUGCUCUGAUAAAGGCUGGUCUUGCUAAUCAGGUGAAAGUGACUGUCCCUCUAAACGCUGAUGUGUACCAAAGCUCAACCGACAUGCCAUCUACUGGUGAUUUCCGACCUGACAUUCAUGACCUCAUGCUAAAAAUUGUCAAGUUCUUGAGUGAUAACUUGGGCCCUUUUACUGUCAACAUAUACCCCUUUAUAAGCCUCUAUAACGACGCCAACUUCCCUGUUGACUAUGCCUUCUUCGACGGCUAUCCAUCCCCUAUUACUGACAAUGGCCUGGUUUAUGACAAUGUAUUUGAUGCAAAUUAUGACACACUUGUCUGGGCCCUCCAGAAAAACGGGUAUGGAAACAUGUCGAUCAUAGUUGGAGAGAUCGGGUGGCCCACUGAUGGCAAUGGUAAUGCAAACCUCAAGUAUGCUCAGAGAUUCAACCAAGGCUUCAUGUCACAUAUGACCAAAGGUACUCCUAUGAAACCAGGCCCUAUAGAUGCCUAUUUAUUCAGCCUCAUCGACGAGGAUGCAAAGAGCAUCCAACCAGGUAACUUUGAGCGGCAUUGGGGAAUUUUCUACUUUGAUGGCACACCUAAAUAUGAUCUCAAACUUGGAACAGCAGGAAAAGGCCUAGUACCAGCAACCAAUGUUCAGUACCUCUCAAAGAAAUGGUGUGUCAUGUCAUCCUCAGCAAGUCUUGAUGAUUCAGGGAUUGCAGCUAGUGUGAGCUACGCUUGUGAAAACGCAGAUUGUACUAGCCUGGAAUACGGAUCAUCUUGUGCAAAUCUUGAUGAACGUGGGAACAUAUCGUAUGCUUUUAACAAAUACUACCAGCAGCAGAACCAGCUCGAGACUGCCUGUAAGUUUCCAAAUCUUUCGGUGGUCACUACUAGUGAUCCAUCAACUCCAGAGUGCAAAUUUGAAAUCAUGAUACUACCAAUUAGUACUAAUAAGAAGGUUAGUUCUGGGGCAUCAAAGAAACCUAUAGGUGUAUUGAUGUUUGUUUUUGUAUUACUCUUGGCAGCUUCUUAAAGUCUUGAAUAUACUUGUUGGUUUGGUAUUGAAUGAGGGGAAGAUCUUCAUUUUAAAAUACAAGUGAUCUUCUUUUA